AUGGAAAGGACGAAAUGAUUGUAUAACAAUACAGUAACCGUGAACUAUAUAAGAAGAGACAACAAGCAGUUCACAUCAUCACCAUCAACACUCGUUAAUAUGAAGUUUCAACUUACUAUCCUUACUCUGGCUGUCAUAGCCCUUGCAAACCCUCAGGCUCCUCCUGAUCCAACACCAGCUCCCCCUGACUCAACACCUCCUUCAACCUCUGAGCAGCCUGCACCUCCUCCUGACCCCCCAGCUCCGGCACCUCCAGCUCCUCCUCCGGUCCCUCCCCCGGCUGAUCCCCCGGCUGACCCUCCAGCUGAACCGUCUCAACCUCCUCCUCCUCCUCCGCCGCCGCCGCCUCCUCCGUCUCAGCCUGCCCCAGGACCUCCUCCAUCCGGACCAGCUCCUGUUCCUCCUCCAGCUACUCCCGCCCCAGCACCCCCUCCGGACCCAAACCCUCCCCCGCCUCCGAGCUCAACUGCUGAACCUCCUCCUCCCGAGGGACCAAUCUGCGAAUGCGGCUACACUUACUGCUCCUCAGUCCUCAAGGACAUGGACAACCCAUGGAAUGAGGCUCAACUCUCCGAGGCAUACUGCAGCACGCCGAAUGUGAAAUGCGACGGCGAAACGCCAACUAGCAGUAUAGAUAAUGCUCUGUUCAUCUGCCUAUGCGAUCAGCCUAGUCAGAAAGUCGGAAACCAUCUUGAGUUUCUCUGCGGCUGCGAUAAAUGUCUCGUUGUCAAGCCUGACUAUAGAGGAAGAUGCAAGACUCCCCCAUUAGCUGGAUCCAAGGGCGGGAAGGGUAAUAAGGUCAGAGGAACUAAUCGACUGGGCUUUUGGAUGUAGGUAAUCGUGGAGGAAGUCACUCAUUUGGUGUUUUUGUUAGAUCCAAAUUGACCCAUUGCUAUUGAGUCUGUUCGAUCGUCAGUGCUUGCAAUCGCUUCAAGAGUUGAUGAGACUGAGAUACGAGCGUAGCGAGACAGAGCCCUCCGCUAGGAGCCCCCGGAGGGAUCUCACAUACCUCCAAAGUCGAAUGCUCCAGUGAAUCAGACUUCUUCAGAUCUGCAUGAAAGUGACAAACUGCAUGAUCCAAACAUCUGCCACGAAUGCUGGCUUACACAUCAAGUGGAUCUCUCUCUCUUCCACGAGCAUCCAUCAGCAGUGCGUGCAAACCUCGAAGCUCACGCAUCGGCCGCUCCGGGUACGUGACCCCGGCCCGCCCCACACAAAAGCCGGCGCUACACGGGGUUAAGUGCCGAGAAUGGACGGCUAGGCCCG